AUGAUUUUAUGAGAAAAGAAAUAUCGAUCAAGUCUGCAUCAUACACUUCACAUUACAUUAUCCUCAUCAUCUCUCUUUCUCUCCUUUUCUCUUUCUUCAGAUUCCCUUCCUUUUUCUCUCUCCUGUUCUACCAAGCCCUUCCUCCAUCCCACACAUCGACACUGCAACACCAUCAAUCAAAUUCAUUGGGAGAAAAGUCCAACAAGAAUUUUGUUUUGAUUCUCUCUGUUUCCGACUAUGCAUCUUCACAAAAACUUGAUUCAAUUCUUAAUAAUUACUGAGAUUUAGUGGUCGGUUGGCUUCAAUAAACUCGAUAUCUUGCUUUUAAUUUUUUAUAGAAUCUUUUUAUUCUGAUUCUGAAAGUUGGGCUCUUUUUUAGUUUCUUUUAUUUCUUUGGUUUCCUUUUUAUCCAUUAAAUGGGAAACAUAAAUGGUAGAGAAGACGGUGGUGGUGCCGGUGGUGAUGGUGGUAGCACCUCCUCAAUUGGUAACGACGUCGCGGCUCAGGACGCUAACUAUAUUGCUCGUACUGGUGAUGAUGGUGAGUUCAUGGGUCACUCUCCUCCUCCAAGCCCUAGGGUUUCUGGCUCUCCAUUGAUGUUCACUCCUCAGGUACCUGUGGCUCCAUUACAAAGACCUGAUGAGAUGCAGCCAAACAAUUCAUGGAUGCACACCUCCUCCAGCUAUGAAGACAUGAUGAGUGAGCAAGGAAUUCCAACAAUGAUUACAUGGAGUUAUGAUGGCAAAGAAGUUGCUGUGGAAGGCUCAUGGGACAAUUGGAAAACAAGGAAGGCAUUGCAGAGAUCAGGGAAAGAUUUUAUUAUAUUAAAAGUUCUCCCUUCAGGUGUUUAUCAGUACAGAUUUGUUGUUGAUGGACAAUGGAGGUAUUCCCCUGAUGUCCCAUGGACACAGGAUGAAGCUGGAAACACUUAUAACAUCUUGGAUUUGCAGGAAUACGUGCCCGAAGACAUUCAAAGCAUAUCUGGUUUCGAUCCACCUCAAUCCCCAGAUUCAAGCUACAAUAAUUUACAACUUGGGUGUGAAGACUAUGCAAAAGAGCCACCAUUAGUUCCACCACAUCUCCAAAUGACACUACUGAAUGCUCCUUCACCUCACAUGGAAAUCCCACCACCUUCAUCACGACCUCAACACGUUGUCAUAAACCAUCUUUACAUGCAGAAAGGGAGGAGCAGUGACUCGGUGGUGGCUCUUGGAUCCACUCAUCGCUUCCUAUCCAAAUAUGUCACAGUUGUACUCUACAAAUCCAUACACCAAUGACCAAACCCUUUAUGCAAUUUCAAUUUGGUGUAAUCCGUUUUCAUGCCAAUGAUCUUGUGUUUUUUUUGGGUUUUUAAUCCUUGAGAGAGGAUUUGUGGAUGUUGUUGAUGAGUUGAGUUGAGUUGUGGGUUUUAUGACAAUGUAAGCGAUUAGAUGUUUGAGGUUUAUGGUCAAAUGAAUUCAAAGAUGUUGAUAUUGUUGAGUAA